AUGACUAAUGGAAAAAGAGGAAAUUGGAAUUUCGAUGAUGGAACAUGGCAAGGAUUCCAUUACAGUACUUCCUAUGAAUAUACAUUUGAUGUAACUAUUGAUCUCGAAAAUGUUACUGAGAUGCACGAGAUCUAUGCAACAUUCUUGAGAAACGACCAACAAAUGAUUUAUCUUCCUGAACACGUUAAAAUUUCACUCUCUUAUGAUGGUACAACAUUCAUGAAUAUCAUGGAUGAACACUACCAAUGGACUGACUCCCCAACAACUGCUUACCAAGCGAAGGGAUGGAAAGGCGCUGCUUAUGGAAGAUACAUCAGGUUCCAGGCUGCAGUAUAUAGUGACCAUCCACACUGGAUGUUUGUCGAUGAAGUUGUAGUUUUUUAA